GGUCUGGAGUGGUGCUUUUCCAGCCACUCUGGGUUUUGAUUUCUAUGUGUCUCGCUGAGAGCCAUGUGCCUGGAGGGUGACUCAGAGUGGGCAGCAGCCCAGCAAUGCUGGCAGUGGGCAGCCACAUCUGGCAGACAAGGGGUGAUAAGGCUAGGCCAACCCCACUCAGUACCAGGGUGCAGGCCAGUUCCCAGCUGCUGCCUGACCUCCCAGUGCAUCACUCACGGAAGCAGGGAGUCUAUUUUGGGAAUGGCAUCACUGGGAAAAACUGCUGCAUCAACAGCAUGUGAAGUAAAGCAGCUGGGGACAGUGUUUUCAAAAUGCCUAUUUUCCAUCCCAGCUUUUCUCCUGGGCAUGGGCAGCCAAGCAGCAGGGGAUGCUGUGAGGGCAGAGCCAGGCUGGGUGCUUCCCCUGGCAUAGAGGGGACCCGCACCCCCCAGCACAUCCAACAGCAGCCAGGCCCAAGCUCAUCCCCCUGGGAACACCCUCUAGAUGUGAUGUGGCAGUAGCUGACGGAAAGGUCUUGCUCCCACACUCUUCUCACGGUCCAAGUCCAGCUGCAAACUGCCUUCUCCAUCUCUGCAGCCUGCAGUGUCCUCUUCCCCUGCGUGCCACCAGCCCUUCCAGCAUGGCACGCUGCACAGAGUGGCAGAGAACAAGUGAUGCUGCACCCAGCACCCAUGCUGUGCUGAGGAGUGUGUUCAGAGGCAAUACUGUGCUGUUCCCAUCUCAGGCAGCUCAUUAGGGUGUCUGGGACCUGAACUGCUGCAGAAACGUGGGUGGGCUGAGACAGGAUUAGAGGCAGCCAGGAAGUCCUGCUGCCCCGUGGUUAGCACAGGGCUGCUGCUGGCUCAGAACAAGGCUCCACACGUGUUGUUUUUCCCAUGGUCGUAUCUCCCAAAUCUCUGCUUGUGGCUGCUGCUGGACCAGGCUGCCUGGGAGAGGUGGGCACGGGGCAGCCAGGCAGGUGGUGGGGCCAAAGGAAAGGCAGGGCUGGUGCCCCAGUGAGUCACGGUCCCUGGCUGUGUGCUGGGGGCUGCAGGGCUGAGCUGCACGCAGCGUGCUGGCUGCCGUGCACAGCGUGUUCUCAGGGCCGACUGCUUGUCUUCAAGUGAGAGGGUUCACAAGUGAGAAACCAGCCACUCCAUCUCCCAGUCAAUCACUCUGUUUGCUGAGGAAGUGAGAGCUGGAAGCUGCUCUGCUGCUGUGAUUUCCGUAACCCUGCCGCUGCCCCUGUGCUGAUUCAUUGAUUUGGACGGGUUAUAUACUGGGAGGGGAAGCGUGAACCGCACUCGGCGCUCCUGCCAGCACGGAGCUGUGCUCGCUCAGUGCUCACGGCUACAGGACAUGGGUAAGUCUCCCUUCUGCUGUAAUCCCCCACCCCCAGCGCGGCCCUGAGACCCCGGGGACCCUCAGAACAUCACCGAGGGGUGGGAGGAUGGCUGGCUGGUGUGCAUGCUGAGCACCUUUUGGUGAGUUGGAGGUAUUUGUCCUACAAGCGUUCUUCAACAAACUGAGUUAGGUGGGCAGUUUCUUAAAUGAUAACCCAUAAAGAAUGUUAAAGGAGGGGCAGAAAUUUAGGGGGGCUGAGGUUAGAAUCGCUUGGAUGCUGAGGGGUUGCGUGUUCAACCCCUUGGUCUGCAAGCUUUUGUCCCUUAAAAGAGAAAGGGAGGUAAAUUGCUUUCAGCUGUCUUUCCUGAACUGCCCUCCAGUUGGAUGCUCCAUGAGCUCACUUACAGGGAGUGACAUGAGCUGUGCUUUUGAUGUGCAAAGCAUUUGGUGGAGUUUAUAAGCUGCUUGCUAUAAACAAAACUCUUCUGGGAUGCAGAUUGUUUCCAUAUGUGAGCCAUAAGCCGUGCUGGUUGCAGAGGGCUCCUCCCUCCCCUCCAGCAACAGGCGCUUCCCUGCACUCCUGUGUGCUCCCAGCCGUGCCUGGCUGAGCCCUGCUUUGUGCCUGGGAAGCUCAGGUUUCCUCCUGCCAUGUGCCACUGGGAGCUGCCAGCCAGGCACGGACUGCUGCUGUACCCAUGGGUGGGCUCCCAGAGCAGGAUGGAGGGGAGAAUGUCCUUGAUGUGUGCAGAUAGAUGAUGGCAUAGCAAAGCCCUUUUCCUCCAGUAGCUCCUGUGACAGCCCUGGGCUUUUCUGAUGCUGGUGACUGCUGGUUUGGGACUCUCCACCUUCUGGGGAUGCUGGCAGGCUAGCAGCACCAGGACCAGCUCACCAAGCUCACUGCAAAACAGGAAACCACGUUCCCAGCUGCUGGAGGAGCGGGGCACGCCAGGGAUGCCACUAAUAGCUGUGGUGUGACAGCGAGACGCCGCUGCAGGCUCUGCCCUGCCUGGCCCAGAACUCCUGGGGAGGAGUGUGUCCGGCCCUGGGAAGGCAGCACCAUCCCGAGGUGGGCGGUGAACCUCCUACUUUCUUUUCACCGCAGGCCCCAUGGAGCAGGGAGGUUGGUGGCUGCUGCUGCUGCUGCUGGGCUUUCACCCGGUCUGCGGGCAGUGCCCGGAGCAGUGCCAGUGCGUCCGCACUGCCCAGGUGGAGUGCUCCGGCGCCGGCAUCACCGCUGUCCCCAGCCCCAUCCCCGCCAAUGCGGUGACCUUGCAGAUCGUCAACACGCGCAUCACCGAGCUGGGCGAGGCAUCCUUCGGCAACGCCUCCCUGCUCAUCGGGCUGCGCAUCGAGAAGAACGACCUGCGGCACGUCAGCCCCGACGCCUUCCAGCACCUGCCCGACCUGCGCUACCUCAGCCUGGCCAGCAACAAGCUGCAGGAGCUCCCGGUGCAGGUCUUUCAGCCCCUGGGCAAGCUGGAGUCGCUGCUCCUCUCCAGCAACCAGCUGCUCCGCGUGGAGCCCGACCACUUCGCCCACCUGAGCAACCUGAAGGAGCUGCAGCUGCACGGGAACAAUCUGCGGGAGCUGACGGAGGGGCUGUUUGACCAGCUCGCCAGCCUCACCAAGCUCAACCUGGCCCGCAACAACCUCGACCGCCUGCCGCCCCGCGCCUUUGAGCGGCUGCCCCAGCUGCAGGUGCUGCGGCUCUAUGAGAACCGGCUGCGGCACAUCCCGGCGGGUGCCUUUGAUGCACUGCCCGAGCUGCAGGAGCUGGGCCUGCACCAGAACCAGCUGGAGAUGCUGUCCCCGGAGCUCUUUGUGCACAAUGAGAACCUGCAGAAGCUCUACCUCUCCAACAACCUCCUCACUGCCCUGCCCGCCGGCAUCUUCCUGCCGCUGCGUGCCCUCUCCAAGAUCACCCUGCACGUCAACCGCCUGCGCGACAUUUCCCCAGCUGCCUUCGGCCCCAUGCCCAACCUGCGGGAGCUGUGGCUCUAUGAGAACGAGCUGGCCGCUCUCCCCGCCGCCGUCUUCAGCAAUCUCACCCAGCUGCAGCUCCUGGUGCUCAGCAAGAACCAGCUCCGAUCGCUGGCUCCGGGGGCUUUCCGUGGGCUGGGUGAGCUGCUAGAGCUCUCGCUGCACUCCAACGCCCUGCACCGGCUGGAUGCUGGGGCACUAGGGGGAAUGCCCAAGCUGCAGAACAUCUCCCUGCAGAACAACCGCCUGCAGACGCUGCCCCACCGCCUCUUCGCCGCCACUCCGAGGCUGCAGCACAUCCAGCUGCACGCCAACACCUUGGAGAGCCUGCCCGCAGGCAUCUUCUCCCCGCUGUCCGCCGUGCGGGAGGUGAAGCUGCACAACAACUCGUGGCGUUGUGAUCAGGCCAUCCUGCCCCUGCGUGCCUGGCUGGAGGCCAACCCCAGCAAGGUGGGUGAGACCCCCCCCGUGUGCGCCCAGCCGGCCCCGCUGCGGGGAACACCCAUUGCCGAGCUGCGGCAGGACCAGCUACCCACCGCCCGGCCCAGCAGCCCGCUGCCUGCCCACCCUUCCCAGGAAGUAUUGCCAUCGGGGCCCCACACCACGCUGCCAGCAACCCCCAUGUCUCGGGAGGAGGAAGAAGAGGAUGAAGGCAGGGGGUGGUGGGGGCUGACGCGCACGCAGAGCGCGGUGGUAGGGGCUGUCAUCGUGCUGUUGUGCGUGGCCCUGCUCUGUGCCCUCGUGGCACUGGUGGUGUAUGGCUGUAGAAAGAAGAGUCAUGUGGUGCUGAUGAGGAUGAAAGCACCCAAUGAAGCCUGAUCUCCCAGGAGCCCCGGGGGCAUUGGUGACCCAGAGUUGAAUGGGCAGCAUCACACCAUGUGCCAAGUCCCCUGUGCUGCUCUGCUUCACCGUGCCCCUGCUCUGCAAGCAGGGUGUCAACUACGGGUGCCCCCUUGGCUGCCCUGUCCCCAGCCCCUUCUGCCUCUGUGCUGAAUCCCUUCCUGGGGCCCUUCCUGGGGCCAGCAGCCAGAGUACAGGGUGCCAAGUAGCAGAGCAGGGAGCAGCAGCCUGGCCACAGAGCACUGGGACUCCCCCUUCCUCACCUCACAUCAUCCUCUUGAGCUGCCCCCAGCCCCAUGCCCUCAGCCACAGCCUGUGCUGAGGUGUGAAGCCAUCACACGGGGCCAAGAUCUAAGCACACACCUCAUCCCAGGCAGGGCUGUGUGUGCCUUUGCAGCUUAGCCCUGCAGGGCUGGGCUACCUCUGCUUGGCUCUGAGCCUGGUGUGCUCUGUGGUGGCACACCCCAGUGAUUUGGCCGCGUCCACGCUGCCCUCCCUGCCUGCAGGCAGAGCAGCAAGAGUGGAGCAUCUUCCUCUGCCUCCAGCAGAGUCCUUGUCCUCACACGCCUGUGUUUCCCAUGCCAGCAGCACUGCAGGACUACGUGUGCCCUGGGCAUCCAUCAACUACAGCCCUGCCCAGCACAACUGCACCCUCUCUUCUCCCUGUUCCCAGCCUUGAGAGUGCCCACUCUGUGCCUGCUCCUGCUGCCUGCUCCCAGCCUGAAUGCUGCUGGUGGCAUAGGGCAGGAGGGCAAAGCCCUGAGAUCCAGCUGUGGGCAGGGGGGACUGCACUGCCCCAGCAGCUACUGUGCCUCCUCCAGCCAGCAAGGCGCAGGCAGAGCUCCAUGUAUGGCGCUGGGCCGUAUGGAGUACGGUACUAUGGGACAAGAGUCUCAGUGGGUGGUGCUGCUUGUGAUGCUCCAGGAGCCAAUGCUGGCACAAGCAUCAAUGCAGUUGUGUGUAUGUGAUGGCAUGGAUGCUUUUCUGGGCUGAGACCUGCUCAACAACUGCAAACAGGACUGUGCCUCGGGGCUGUUCAGUACUGCUCUGUGACCAUUAAAACACGGUUGUCCAAAUCCAAGAGCUGUUUGUCUGCUU